AGCUGUCAAGUCAUUUUUUGCUGUUUUUUUUGUUGGUGUUCGUUCAUCCUGAUACAUGAACAUUUUACAUAUCAAAUAUUACGAAGUGAAAAGCUGGGAUAGCGUUUGUUGGGGAAACUAGUUAGCCGUUUAUUAAUUAUUGAAGCAGCUGUACCAUUUAAAAUCGAGUAAUUACGUAUUUGCCUGAUACAUCAGUUAAAAAUUAACUGAUCAGGUAGUGAAGUACUGAGGCUUUGUCAAAACCAGCGGGAUCAUGCCUCCGGCUCAUCGGUCACGAAGCCGCAGUGCGGAGCGUGUGACCGCCUCGAAGAGACGACGACCCAGUCGAUCGGACAGCGGCAGUGACCGGAGUCGUUCCCGCGACCCAAGUCCCUCCGUCAAACUGGGCAAAUCCGUCAAGGAGGAGCGCUGGUCUCGGUGGCCUGAAACCAGGGAACGAUCCGCUGUGAGGUCUCACGUCGGGAGUCCACGGAGUCGCUCCAGGUCCAGAGAGAGGAGCGCCUGGUCUAGCCAGCGAGACGUAAGGCACGGCUACGGCUCUCGAUUUGACCACUACGACAGAAGUGAUGAUGUUCUGCGGCAGAGGCAAGAAGCUUUCAUCGCCAGGCGUCUGCAGGAGCGGGAGAGAAUUGGGGAGCUGGGGUGUCCAGAAGUCUGGGGUUUUUCCCCAAGAGUCCGGGAACCUGAUUCGGAUGAGCACACUCCUGUGGAGGAGAUAAAAGGUGGCAGCUCCGACUCAAGCUCAGAAGAUGAGAAGAAAAAGAAGAAGAAGAAGAAGAAGCGGUCCAAGAAGAAGAAGAAGCACAGGAAGAACUCUGAAGACAGCGAGUUAGAGAGUGAAUCCGAUGAAGAGGAAAUCAAAAGGAAAAAGAAGAAGAAGAAAGGCAAGAAGAAGAAGUCCAAGAAGAAGAGGAGCAAAAAAAGCCAUAAGCCAUCCAGUGACUCCAGCAGUGACGGCUCCGAAGAGGAAGAGGAGGACGACCUGAAUGGGGAGUUGUGGGUUGAGAGAACCUGCACAGAGGGACACCUGGUGGGACCGGAGGCUCCACUGACGCACCUUUCACAAGAUGACAAACCCCUCGACUUCGGCCACGCUCUGCUGCCUGGAGAGGGCGCAGCCAUGGCAGAGUACGUGAAGGCUGGCAAGCGGAUCCCCAGGAGAGGCGAAAUCGGGCUGACCAGCGACCAGAUCGCCGACUUUGAGAAGUCUGGCUUCGUUAUGAGCGGCAGCAGACAUCGGCGCAUGGAGGCUGUGCGUCUGAGAAAGGAGAACCAGAUCUACAGUGCAGAUGAGAAGAGGGCCCUAGCCUCCUUCAACCAGGAGGAGCGCAGGAAGAGGGAGAGCAAGAUCCUGUCCAGCUUUCGGGAGAUGGUCUACAGGAAGACCAAGGGCAAGGAGGAGAAGUGAGCCCACAUUCCAGUGGAGUCUGUGUAAAUAUUUAUUGAAAAUAAAGUCAGCUGUUUUCUUCAGCAUUUUGAGAUGCUGGAUCGUGUUUUCUGAGCGUCCACUCAGCAUGCCCGUUGGUCUCUGAUGAACAGAAGAAACCACUCGGACUAAAGCUCUUAAGUGAAAUGGGCAGGAUAACGGAGUGAUCUAUCAGGACGUCCAGUACAGAGAACAGGGGAGUAUGUACAGAGUUGACAUUUUUAUUUUUGGGUUUCUACUUUUGUUUCUUCUUACUUUCUGGAGAAGGUUUGCUGCUGAGCUCUACGUGAGCAAUAAGAGGACAGCAGUGUACAGGCAGCCCGUGUUUUUUCAGGUGUAGGAGCAGCAUGAGAUUUACAGCCUAUUUUACUUUCAUACUUUUACAUUGAAUAUUGACGUUGCAUUAUGGUUACUGUAAGAAGAGCAAAACUUUGGAUUUUUUUGUCGCUUGAAUAUUUGCUGAUUGUUUAGAUUGCAUUGGCCUUUUGUUACAGGCCAAGUACCUAGAAAGGGUGAUGAAGUCAGAUCUUUCCAGAGUUCAUUUCUUAAGCUUUCUUGCAAAAGCAUAAUAUCACUGUAAAACCUUUGCUUGAAAAGGAUGCCUUUUCUUGUGUAUGAAAUUUUAAAUAAAAAAUAAAAUGUA